CGCGGUUUUCCAUUUGAUAAGCUCUCAUGCAGAGUGUCGCAUUACUGUCUGGAUUUAAUAUCGAAAGAACUAAGGCGUAUGCGAGAAUUGAGUACCGAUGUCUACGAUCGCAGUGGUUGUGUGGUUAGAUCAACACAUCAGAUCCCCUGUGCAUGUGAGCUGCGAGCGGUGGUCGAUUCAGGUAACCCGAUCAGCCUUGACAGUAUACACCCGUUUUGGACGAAACUUGUUAUUCUCGGCGAUGGGCUGGACACAUCUGCGCAACCCGAUUUUGCUGGUUUUCAGACUGAGGAACAUCAGUAUUUUCACGAGGUCGCCGAGGAGGUCAUGACUAAGGAUCCUUCAGUGUUGCGUGAUAUUUCUCGUAUUGUUCGAGAGCGACUUCACCCCGAAGACUUAGGCUACAUGGAACCAGAAGUGAAAACAAAUGUCAGAGGUCGACCAAAGGGGAGCAAAUCAACAAAGCGGGAUCCGAGUCGUCAUGAGUACAAGGACCGUGUACGUGGUCGUCCUAAAUCUUCCAAAGGUCAGAAAAAUCGUACAUCCGCGUCAGCUGGUUUGCAAAAUGCGGAGGUUAUUCCAGGAUUCCUUUUACCAUUCGUUGACGAGCUUGUGGACGUGCGUGGAGACGGCAACUGUGGAUUUCGCGUGGUGGCAGACCACAUAUAUGGUGACGAGGAGAUGUGGGGAAUGACUAGAAUGAACAUUGCAAACGAAAUCUCCGCCCACCCUUAUCGAUACGAGGGUAUUUGCAUUGAUGGGUUGCAAGCGGCCAUUACACGUAUUAGUUGGGAAGGGGGAGAGUGUGGCCCUCGCAACUGGAUGCAGGUAUUGGAUGACUUGUUCCCUAUUGCCACUAUCUUCAAUGCAGCUGUUAUUUACAUACAAGGCGGGACGCUACAACAGACGCGGUUCUCUUCGUUUACUGUUCUGCCUUUGCAUUCCUCUGAGGUUCACUCACGACCAUCGAAGGAGAUAGUGAUAUUGUAUAUUAGUGGACGCGCUCACUUUGUUAGGUUGAAUUUACAGGAUAAUUUUCCUGUCCCACCAAUUCCCACCCUGUGGUUCCAGCACAGGGACCAUACUGUUCAGUCUUGGCAUACUUUAUAUGCUAAUAGGAGAGAGCAAUGAGAUAGUUUGAUAGGUAUGGCAGAUUGAGUUGAUUGUAAAAUGUUUAUUCGGUAAUUAU